AUGAUCAAAAAUAAACUCUCCGUGGUAGCACGUUCACUUUCUUCGGGCUUUAGUUCUCGAGCAAGCGUUGUUUCCAAGGAUGGCGCUAUGAUUAUAUGCUGGCAUCCAAAAAUGGACAUUCCAUAUGAGAAUACUAAGCCCAUCAUUCGUGAUCUCGAAAGUUUGAAGAGACCGUUCUCACCUCUCCGUGUAGAAUUUGAUCACACUUCAAAUCCCACAAUUAAAGAAGUGUCAGAUGCCCUUUGUAAAUCCGCCAGAACCCUCAAACCAAACCGCACAGAGCGUUCAUUCAGCCCGUACCAUUGGGAUGACGAGAUUCUGCGUAGAAGGCUCUAG